UCCGGGUAGUAGCUCGGUGGCUGAGCGCACCAUGGAGCACGUGACGGAGGGUUCCUGGGAGUCGCUGCCGGUGCCGCUGCAUCCGCAGGUGCUGAGUGUCUUGCGGGAGCUCCGUUUUCCGUACAUGACGCCCGUGCAGUCCGCAACCAUCCCUCUGUUCAUGAAAAACAAAGACGUUGCUGCAGAAGCGGUCACAGGUAGUGGCAAAACCCUCGCUUUCGUCAUCCCCAUUGUGGAAAUUCUCCUGAGGAGGGAAGAGAAGUUAAAGAAGAGUCAGGUGGGCGCCAUAAUCAUCACACCCACGCGAGAGCUGGCUGUUCAGAUAGACGAGGUCCUGUCUCAUUUCACGAAGCCCUUCCCACAGUUUAGCCAGAUUCUCUGGAUUGGAGGCAGGAAUCCUGGAGAAGAUGUUGCCAGAUUUAAGGAGCUUGGUGGGAAUAUCAUCGUGGCAACCCCAGGCCGCCUGGAGGACAUGUUCCGAAGGAAGGCUGAGGGCCUCGAUCUGGCCAGCAGCGUGAGGUCCCUGGAGGUCCUGGUAUUGGAUGAAGCAGACAGGCUUCUGGACAUGGGUUUUGAGACAAGCAUAAAUACCAUCCUGGAGUUUUUGCCAAAGCAGAGGAGAACGGGCCUUUUCUCAGCCACUCAGACACAGGAAGUGGAGAACCUGGUGAGAGCAGGCCUGCGGAACCCCGUGCGCAUCUCCGUGAAGGAGAAGGGCGUGGCGGCCAGCAGCACCCAGAAAACCCCUUCCCGCCUGGAGAACUACUACAUGGUCUGUAAGGCAGAUGAGAAAUUUAAUCAGUUGGUACAUUUUCUUCAAAAUCAUAAGCAGGAGAAACAUCUGGUCUUCUUCAGCACCUGCGCCUGUGUGGAAUACUACGGAAAGGCUCUGGAGGCCCUGGUGAAGGGUGUGAAGAUAAUGUGCAUUCAUGGAAAGAUGAAAUACAAGCGCAAUAAGAUCUUCAUGGAGUUCCGCAAAUUGCAGAGUGGGAUUUUAGUGUGCACUGAUGUGAUGGCCCGAGGAAUAGAUAUUCCUGAAGUAAACUGGGUUUUGCAGUAUGAUCCUCCCAGUAACGCCAGCGCCUUCGUGCAUCGCUGUGGCCGCACAGCCCGCAUCGGCCACGGUGGCAGCGCGCUCGUGUUUCUCCUUCCCAUGGAAGAGUCGUACAUCAGCUUCCUUGCAAUUAACCAAAAAUGCCCCCUGCAGGAGAUGAAACUCCAGAAGAACACAGCUGACCUCCUUCCAAAGCUCAAGGCCAUGGCCCUGGCCGACAGAGCCGUGUUUGAGAAGGGCAUGAAAGCUUUUGUGUCAUACAUCCAGGCUUAUGCCAAGCACGAGUGCAACCUCAUCUUCAGAUUAAAGGAUCUUGAUUUUGCUAGUCUUGCUCGAGGUUUUGCCCUGCUGAGGAUGCCCAAGAUGCCAGAGCUGAGAGGAAAGCAGUUUCCAGAUUUUGUGCCUGUGGAUGUCAACACAGAUACCAUUCCAUUUAAAGACAAAAUCAGAGAAAAGCAGAGGCAGAAGCAAUUAUUGGAGCAGCAAAGAAAAGAGAAAACAGAAAAUGACGGGAGAAGAAAAUUCAUAAAAAAUAAAGCUUGGUCAAAGCAGAAGGCCAAAAAGGAAAAGAAGAAAAAACUGAAUGAAAAAAGGAAAAGGGAAGAGGGUUCUGAUAUGGAAGAUGAAGACAUGGAGGAACUUCUGAAUGACACAAGGCUCUUGAAAAAGUUUAAAAAAGGCAAAAUUACUGAAGAAGAAUUUGAGAAGGGGCUGUUGACAAGUGGCAAGAGAUCAACAAACACAGCAGAUUUGGAGAUCUCAGAUUUGGAAGAUGAUUUCUGAUUCCUGUCCCUCAGGUGAAACGCAUGGGAGUGGGGAAUGUGGGGAGCUGGCCCCCACUUGGCAGACAGCUCGAGCUUCCUUCUAUUGAACACCAGAACUUCGGCACCCGUUGGGAAACUGCUGUUGCAGAAACGGCAGAUGUGAGGGGUUUCACGCUUGUGAGCCUUUUACUAAAAACAUACCAGCCUUGAAGUCUAAGAGAAGAAAACGUAAAUUUACUUAACUGUAAAUAAUAGAUGUCAAUAUUUAUUUUGAUGGGCUACUUAAAGAGCUCAUUCUUCGGUGGCUAUUUUCUACUUAUUAAACUUAUUUAAUAUAAA